AUGGCCCAUAGUUCUCCACAGGAACUUUUUCAUGAGGCAGCCCAGCAGGGUGUCCUGGCCCAGCCCCAGCCCUGGUGGAAAAUACAGCUGUUUGUGUGGGAACCAGUGCUCUUUGGGACCUGGGAUGGUGUAUUCACAUCCUGUAUGAUCAACAUUUUUGGGGUUGUCCUCUUCUUGAGAACCGGCUGGCUGGUGGGAAACACAGGUGUGCUCCUGGGUAUGCUCCUGGUGUCCUUCGUCAUCCUAGUGGCCCUGAUCACCGUGUUGUCUGGCAUUGGCGUGGGGGAGCACAGCGGUGUGGGCAGUGGAGGAGUCUACUCCAUGAUCUCCUCAGUCCUUGGCGGGCAGACAGGAGGCACCAUCGGACUUCUGUACGUGUUUGGACAGUGUGUUGCAGGUGCCAUGUACAUCACCGGCUUCGCCGAGUCUAUCUCAGACCUGCUGGACCUCGGGAACAUCUGGGCUGUGAGAGGAAUUUCAGUUGCAGUGCUUCUGGCUUUGCUGGGGAUCAACCUAGCAGGUGUCAAGUGGAUAAUUCGCCUCCAACUGCUGCUGCUCUUCCUGCUGGCUGUGUCAACACUAGACUUUGUGGUGGGAUCUUUCACUCACCUGGACCCAGAACAUGGUUUUGUUGGAUACUCGCCGGAACUACUACGGAACAACUCUCUGCCAGAGUACAGCCCGGGGGAGUCCUUUUUCACUGUGUUUGGGGUGUUCUUCCCAGCAGCCACAGGAGUCAUGGCUGGCUUCAACAUGGGAGGUGACCUGAGGGAGCCUGCUGCCAGCAUCCCCCUGGGCUCCCUAGCAGCUGUUGGCAUCUCGUGGUUUCUGUACAUCGUCUUCGCCUUCCUACUUGGUGCCACCUGCACCCGAGAGGCCCUCCGCUCUGACUUCCUGAUGGCUGAAAAGGUGUCCCUGGUUGGCUUCCUCUUCCUGUUGGGCUUAUACAUCUCAUCCUUAGCCUCCUGUAUGGGGGGACUCUACGGAGCACCUCGGAUCCUGCAGUGUAUUGCCCAGGAGAAAGUGAUUCCUGCACUGGCCUUUCUGGGACAAGGGAAGGGGCCAAAUAAAACUCCCGUGGGAGCCAUCUGCCUGACUAGCUUGGUGACCAUGGCCUUUGUCCUCGUGGGUCAGGUGAACGUCUUAGCACCCAUCGUCACCAUCAACUUCAUGCUGACCUACAUCGCAGUGGACUACUCUUACUUCUCCUUAUCCAUGGCUCACAGAAGCCUCCCCCAGGUGCCUGAGCCAGUGCUCAGAGAAAGUCCAGGAACUCUGUCCAGCUCUGAGCACCUGCUCCAGGAGAAGCCUCCCAGCUAUGGCUCUGACAGCCCUUCCAGAAGUCUCUCUGAGGGUACUCUGCUAGAAUUCACCAAGGACAUGGAUCAGCUCCUCCAGCCAACCAGGAGACUUGAGAGUAGCCAGACUGGGUCAGGAGAGGGAAACAGGGUCCCAGAGAGGCAGAAAAGGAAACUCAAGAAGGCCACCAAGCAAACUCUACAAGACAGCUUCCUCUUAGACCUCAAGUCUCCUAUAUUCUUCCCUGCUGAGGACCCUGACAAGCCGCUAACUGCUUCCUGGGAGAGGCAAGAGUCCUAUCAGAGCCUGCGUACUUUUGGGAAUGAAUGGACUCACUGUGGCGGAGCACCUGGCCAACUUGUUCCUGAACUGGGCAUCCAGCCAAGUGUGAGUAGAGAAGAUUUCUUCCUGAAGUACAGACUUCAGGAACAAGAGGUCCAGAGGAGACCAACUUCUUUCUACUCUCGCAUGUGCAAUCCCUGGGUCUCCCUGUUAGGGGCUAUUGGAUCCCUUCUCAUCAUGUUUGUGAUCCAGUGGGUCUAUACCCUGAUUAGCAUGGGUGCUGCUGCCAUUGUGUAUUUCUACAUUGGCCAGGCCAGUCCAGGUCUUUACCUUGGAUCAGCAUCUAACUUCAGCUUUUUCCGAUGGAUGAAAUCUCUUCUGAUCCCCUCCUGCAGGAGCCUGCGAUCCCCCAAGGAGCAGAUCAUUUUGGCACCAUCCCCAGCCAGGGUUGACAUGGCAAUGACGCAGCUUACUCAGGAGAACGCAGACUUCGCCACUCGUGAUCGCUACCACCACUCCUCCUUUGUGAGCCGGGAACAGCUGAUGCCAUCCUAUUAAACCUUCGCUGGACCCCUUCUUUCUGGAAGCUGCUCUGAGCACAGGGAACCCAAAUCCCAGAACCUGCGGGAGCUGCUUCUACCCAAUGGGAAACUCUAAGGCUGGUCUUCCCACUGUGGCUUCGGACAUCAGAAAUCCAAAUUCUGAUCUAGAGUGAACUAUCUAACCAGACACCAGGAAAGUCCGUGGCCUCUGCAACAGCACCCAACCCGAAUGGGCCACCAGGACAACCAGGUGACACUAAGGCAAUCAGAUGUGGAGAGCCAGAA